AAAAAAAGAGCUAAAAAAGUUUAAGAGCUCUAAAUUGACAUUAUUGCCAGCAAUACGACCGGUGUAUUGACCACUAAAGAUCACAGGUCGCUAUACUCUAUCCAAUGUAACAGAGUGGGCGAAACAUAUGCUCCGCUCUCUGACGAUUUUGGAAUUCGGCGACCAUUUUGAUGAUCAGAAACUUCGGUCGAAGGUCAUUUGUUGUGCGACGGAGAAUCUGAAGAAGGUGAACUAGUUUUACAGAAGACGAAAAACAGCUUACGUUCCAGGUAGGUAUACCGAUCAACUAACAUCGUUGCACUAAGCCGAGGUGGACUUGGUACCUUCUGGCCAGGUGGAGCGACAAUAUAACACACAGGCAUACUCCAUGCCAUGGAAAUCGAGCAGCAGAAAAACGAGGAACAAGCUUCGGCGCCACGUGAGUCCACAGGACCGUUAACAAACGCCGUUCUUCAUUGGCUGGCGCACCUGAUCUGCGGCAGCUGGGAGGAGGUGGGGCGAGCCGCGAACGUCUCCCGGGCCAAAGUCAGUAAGCUCCGGCGGCUCCACCAGGACGAUCGGGAAGAGGCCGCCUUUCAGAUGCUGGUGCACUGGCGCAACAGUCAGGCCAGGGGGAACGACGCUUUCCGAGAACUGGCCACAGCGCUGGAGUCGUGCGGGUUCAACAGUGUGGCGAAGGUACUACUGAGGAGGAAACAGUCCGGGCUGCUUCUCCGGAGUCCCUCCAUGGGGGAGACUUAGAGCAGGUGUGAAGGUACUACUGAGGAGGAAGGAGUCCGGACUGCUUCUCCAGAGUCCGUCCAUGGGGGAGGCUUAGAGCAGGUGUGAAGGUUCUCCGGAGAAGAGAGUUGUGCUGGUUGAACAGUGUGGCGAAUGUUCUAAUGAGGAGGAAAGAGUCCGGACUGC